CACCUGCGCUGCAGCCCCAGCCGCUCCUAUGCAAGAAGGCCCCGUGGUCUUUGGUCUCCUUGGGCCAUCUUGUCUAGACAGAGUGUCCCUGGUGACAAACGGGCUUUAUUAUUAAGUAGACAAGUCCCAAGGCGCAGGACCUUGGAAUGUAACACGUCCAUCUGUUUUUAAAGAAAGCAAAUGUUUUAUUAAUCGCGUUAUCUGGACUGUUUGAAACCUUAGCACCACUUUCUUCCAAUCAAAACGAUUUUACUCAGAUCGCUUAAGUUAUGGAACGGGCUGCAGGCAGGUGUGCUGUGUCCUGGCCCUGAAACCUUAAAAAACAGCCUUGAGAACUUAGUACUGAGCAGGUCUGUCAGUGAUGUAGCAGAGUACUGGGAAUCGAGGAAGGCAGCUGUCCCUCCUGCCUCAUCCCCAGUUAUAUUUUAGGAUGGCUCGGACCAUGGAGCCCCUGGCAAGGAAGAUCUUUAAAGGAGUUGUAGCCGCUGAAAUUGUGGGCGUCUUUGGAGCUUACUUUUUGUUUAAAAAGAUGAACUCAAGCCAAGAUUUCAGGCAAACAAUGAGCAAGACGUUUCCCUUCAUUUUGGAAGUUUAUUACAAAUCCAUGGAACAGUCUGGCAUGUAUGGCGUUAGAGAGAACGAUCAGCAGAAGUGGUUGGAAAGCAAAAGUUAAGGCCAGUCAUCGCGCUCAGCUUCCCACUUGAGCUGUUUGAAACCUUUGAGGGGAGAAGACAGAUGAGUCUGUGGCCCCCACAGAAGCUCCCUGACUGUAACUGCAUUCAGGCCACAAGGCCUGCAGUUUUCCAGCCACUAUGCAUUCCCAAUGUUUGUUGUUCCCCUCCCUCUACUGUCUUGAUGAAGAUUUUGCAAAUGAAAAUAUAGAAGGAUUUAUACUGGAAAGAUUUUUCUUUUCUAUUUUAUGAAAGACUAGAAACUAGUGAUUAUAACAUUAGGAAUGAUUACAAAGUUUUCAUGCAUGUAAGAGUACACCUUUAGCCAAGUCUAAAUAAAAUAGACUGACUCUUGAAGAAAAACCAUGUUUGGGUCUGUAGUUUGUGUGUGUCGUUUACAUGCCUUACUAUGUGACAGACAAGCUUUCUGCCACUUAAGGACAUCUUCAGGGAAGUCCCAUUUAAAAACUUGGAUGACACAGGUGACCUGGUAGUGCACACUUGUAAUUCUACUGCUUGGGGGAGGAGGGUCAAGAGCUCAAGGCCAGCCUGGGCUACCUGAGAACCUGCCUUAGAACCAACCCAACCCAACAACAUCGGCUUACUUACUUGCAUUAUCUUUGUUAGCCAUGGCGUUCAUGCCAAUAGUAUCAAACUUGGAGCCCAUAUUUUCAUCCAACAGAUGGCCAAACUUAAAUAAAGAAAGACAGGAAGAGUGGAGGAUGUCAUUAGGAAACUUGAGAAGAAUGUAAACAGCUGCUUCUUAAGUCAGUACAUUAGCCUCACCUCCUCAGCAGACACAAACAGGCUGGAGUCACUGAAACUUUUCUUCUUUUUCUUUUGUCCUUAAAAAAAUAUAUGUGUGUAGGUUACUCAAAGUGUGUACUUAUUUUUCAGAUUUGGUCCCCGAUCAAUGUUUAUCUUUACAAGAAACCAACAGUAUCACUCAGGAUUAAAAUUCCACAGCUGACAUGAAUGGAGUUUGUAAUGUGUGAAACAAAAUAUAAAUUGUAAUUCAGUUCUUAUUUUUUGGGCUUGGGAAAGCUGACUGAAGAAUGUUGUAUUAUCAAUAAACUUUUAUUUGUGCUACUGAAAUUAAAAUGUCUAUUAAAAACUUA